AUGACCCCGUGCCUGCCACUAGAUGCGAGCUCCGUUUUUGCUGCUGUCAGCAAAAAGCAUACCGAGGCUAGAAACUAUUACUGCACUUGGACUAGAGAUGCAGAGACGGGAAGGCCACUCCUGUGCUAUGGCGGCGAGGAUGCCAAGAUCAAGAUUUACGACAUCGUUGAGAACAAGCUUGUUAACUCGGUCAUGGAGGAGUAA